AUGGAGGCGGGCGGGGCGGCGUCCGGUCCUGAGGGUCCGGCGGCCUCCCCCUCUCCCGCGGCUCCUUCCCCGCCGCCCCCGACCCUGGAGGAGGGCGAGGCGGCCGCCCCGGCCAGCCCCGGCUGCUCCAGCUCCCGGCCGCCGGACCUGGAGCCCCAGCGCAGCCUGGACGGGGAGGACGGGGGCGACUCCGACGACGAACUGGACGACGACGACGACGACGACGACGACGAAGGCCGCCCCUUCCCGCUGGGGCUGGAGGGAGGCCGCCUCGAUUCGGAGGACGACGACGACGACGACGAUGACGACGACGACGAGGAGGAGGAGGAGCGGAUGAUUAAUCUCUCUGAGCUGACCCCCUACAUCUUGUGUUCAAUCUGCAAAGGCUACUUUAUAGAUGCCACCACCAUCACAGAGUGCCUUCACACGUUUUGUAAAAGCUGCAUUGUAAGACAUUUCUACUACAGCAACAGAUGUCCAAAGUGCAACAUUGUAGUUCAUCAGACACAACCUCUUUAUAACAUCAGGUUGGACCGACAGUUACAAGACAUAGUGUACAAAUUAGUUAUCAAUCUAGAGGAAAGAGAGAAAAAACAAAUGCACGACUUCUAUAAGGAACGAGGUCUGGAAGUGCCCAAACCUGCUGUACCCCAGCCGGUUCCUGUCAGCAGAGGAAGACCGAGGAAAGUCUUGGGAUCGGUUUUCCGAAUUCCACCAGAACUUGAUAUGUCUCUCUUACUGGAAUUCAUUGGUGCUAAUGAAGGAACCGGACAUUUUAAGCCACUGGAAAAGAAGUUUGUGCGAGUUUCAGGAGAAGCAACAAUCGGACACGUAGAGAAAUUCCUCCGGAGAAAAAUGGGUCUUGAUCCUGCUUGUCAGGUAGACAUAAUAUGUGGAGACCACUUGUUGGAGCAUUAUCAGACACUAAGGGAAAUUCGCUGUGCUCUAGGGGAUGGAGCAAUGCAAGAUGGCUUACUUGUGCUUCAUUAUGGCCUCGUGGUCUCUCCAGUCUAAUUAGCCUGAAGACUGUGGAGAUAUCUGAAGGUAAAGCCAUGUGAUUUCCACUUCACCAAAGACUGUCAUGUCUCAUCUAGUUGCCACCACUCUGUGCUGUUCUGGUUCUAACAGGUUGUUGAAUUUUGCAUCAGUAAGAACCAUUUGUAGUUACUACUAGAAAUGAUAGAAUGCAUUUGGUCAACGAGAGACCAUGUGUGAAGAGCAGUAAUAGCUCAGGGAGGAAAGAUUGUAAAAACAUUGACUUCUGAAAUUUCCCUAUAGGGUGACAGAUUGUUCUAGCAUUGUCUUGAUUUUUAUUCCCAGCUUUAACUUGAAGCAGACAUACUUAGAAUUUUCUCCUCGAUUGGACCGUGAUCCUCCUUUCAGACUUCCGAUUGGCUGGGAUUCUGCUCUCAGGGUUAGCAUUUAAUAAACAUUUCUCCCUUUAGGAAAGAGAUACGUGCUUCUGGAAAAAUGACAUGUCAUGGUUUGUUGGACUUACAGACUUUCAGAUCUUUGCGAAGCUCCUAAAUGUCAGCUGCAUGUUUUUUGUACCAGAUCUUGAUUCCUAUCAAGGUAAUGAAUGGGAUCCUUCUAGCACCAUUGCCGCUAAUGUAGUCAUGCUAUCCUGAGCAUCUCACAAGUUAGUCAGAGUUGCCACCUCUCCUAAAAUAGUAAACAAUGAGUUGUUUUAUCCAGCGUGUGGUCCCCGAUGCUUUUUAUAGGGCUACCACUCAUGAAAGUACUAUCAGAAAUGAAAGUCUUCAAAGGUCUAUGUCCAAUAUUUCCUCCUAAAAUCAAAUGAAAGCACAAAGAUUUCCAUGAUUUCACUCUACGGAUAUGCAUACCAGAAUGACCUUAUGAUAGAAGAUGAGACAUCCUGAAGAGGGUAUGUCCAUGGAGUCGUUCUGGUCGGAAACUAUUCAGCGGCAUUCGAAGAAGAUGAAGAAAGUGCAGAGAAGAAUAUGGGAGCUCAUUCACGUCUCAAAACCGACAAGUCGAGAAGAUACACUUCAUCUAAAGUAACUCCUGGUGGUGCUAUUAAAAAUGUAAACGACUCUUUUGCAACCCAAAUUAUAAAGUUUAUUUUCGAAAUUUCUAUAGAGUUACGGUAGUUAGAAAAUUGGAUGUGGAAAAGGCUGUUUUGUAAAGAAUUUGUUCAUGGUGUGAAUAAAAUAUAUCUUGUAUAAUUUUAUUUUAGCUUCUUUGAAAUGGUAGUGUAUGAAAUUUCAAAAAUACACAAUUUUAAGUAAGA